AAACAAACAGAAGGACGGUUGAGGAGAACAGAGAUUUGGUUUGGUGUUUUGACUUCAGAGAGAAAAAUGGUGGUAGGGCUUAGACAUUUCACUGACAGAGAUGGUGGCGGUGCCGGAGAGCCGGUGUUGGACGCCGGAAGCGGCGAGGAGCUCAUGCAUGUCCAGCCCGGUGUUUCUAUUGCCCUCGCCAAUCGUCCUCCGGAGUCACCUGGCACACUUUAUAUCUCCACUAAGCAAGUGAUGUGGUUGAGCGAUGUGGACAGGGCGAAAGGUUAUGCCGUUGAUUUCUUAUCUCUUUCUCUACAUGCGAUAUCAAGAGAUCCAGAGGCUUACUCUUCGCCUUGUAUAUAUACUCAGAUUGAGACUGAAGCUGAUGAAGAUGAGUCUGAGGGCUCCGAUGCAGAAGGUGAUCAAAUUUUCGACUUAACAAAGAUCACAGAGAUGAGACUCAUUCCUACAGACCCAAGCCAAUUGGAUACGUUGUUUCAGAUAUUCUGCGAGUGUGCUGAGCUGAAUCCUGAACCCAUUGAAGAAGAAGAUGGAGAAGAACAUAAUUGGGUUUUUAAUGCUGAUCAGAUAGAAAAUCAGGAUGCAGAGGGUGAAGAUUCUGAAUGGAAUUUCUCCCACAAUCCAACAAAUACAAUUGGGCAUUCAAAUGGGAAUCAUGAUUUAGCCCAAUCAGUACUUGAGCUUCAGAUAAAUGAUCAACGCUUUGAGGAUGCAGAAGAGAUGGAACAUGAGAGUCACAGGAGCAACGAUGAGCGCUCCCCUUCAGCGUAAUCCAUGGGUGGUGAUUGAUGAAGCAAGCAUACUGUCACUAAUGACUUCGCAGCUUGCCUUUAUAUCUGCUUUCUUGUCCCGGGCUUGGUACUUCUUGUGGUGUGAAUUGUUUGUAGCUCUUGGAAUAUUCAUUGUUGAAAGUGUGGAAAGAUAAGUUGCUCUUUGGAAGUAACUUAAGUCUUUGUUGUGAUGCAAAAUAACUCUGCCCUCGGCAAAUAUCUCCUGUUUUGUGUGCAAACUGCAGACCUGCCGGCACUAAUCCUAUAUGAGUUCAUAAAAUUUGAGCACUUUUGAGUCUGU